GUUACUUAUACCUCUCCCAGUCCGCUCUUUCAUUUACAGGAUGGUCCCGCACUUCCGACUUCAGACGUUAGACUGACCUAGAAAAUACGAGUUGCCGAAUUAUUUGUAUUCAGAAGAUAAACGAUAAGACAUGAAGAAUGGCCGUUCACUUUCGGAGAACACGUUGUUCAUCGGAGUGGCUUUGGCUGGUCUAAUCGUCGGCGCGGUGGUCGUCUACAGCUUCAUCGGAUCCGGAAAGAAUUACCUGCUGUGCUCACAGACCGACGGAUCCGGCAUCCGUGCCGUAUCCGGCUACUCGCCCACGGAGAUCCAGCUCCGAGCCAUCCUCCACUACGCGACCUCGAGGAUUGUUCCACAGCAGUCGUUGGGGGAGGUUACCGUUUCCUUUGAUGUCCUCAAGUCCCGCGCGCCUUGCAACUUCCUCGUCUUCGGACUCGGUCACGACUCGCUCAUGUGGACCUCGCUCAACCCACGCGGCACGACGAUAUUCCUCGAGGAGGACCCCAAGUGGGUCCAGACCGUUCUCAAGGACGCCCCUGACCUCCGGGCGCACACCGUCCCGUACCGCACGCAACUCUCCCAAGCCGACGAACUGCUAUCCUCCUACCGCUCUCAACCGCUGUGUUCGCCUUCGAAAGCUUUCCUGCGCCGCAACACUCGGUGCCGGUUAGCGCUGGACAACUUACCGGAUGAAGUGUACGAGAAGGAGUGGGACCUGAUCAUGAUCGACGCGCCGCGAGGGUACUUCGCGGAGGCCCCGGGCCGGAUGGCCGCGAUCUUCUCGGCGGCUGUUAUGGCGAGGAACCGGAAAGGAUCCGGUCCAACGCAUGUGUUCCUGCACGAUGUUGAUCGGAAGGUGGAGAAGAUGUACGCAGAGGAGUUCCUGUGCAGGAAGAACUUGGUCAAGGCGGUAGGGAGGCUUUGGCACUUCGAAAUUCCGCCUGCGUCUAACGUGAGCGAUGGUGGCAGUACUGGUGCUCCAUUUUGCUAGAAAGAGCCAAGGAUCGUGUUCGUGCGUCCCCGUCGUCGUCUAUUUGUCGUUCUCGUUUAGACAUUUGCUACAAACCGACGGAGAAAGACAACAGUUAUUUCAAAAAGAAUUUAGAGAUUUUACAAAACGUUUGGGCGUUGUGUUCCAAGUUAAAACGAGUUUUCCCUUUCUAUUUUUCUUCA